GGGCGGAGCCCUCUCUGGAUAAGCUGGUCUGCUUCGAACCCAGCAGUGACAGUGGACUCAGCCCAGGCCGACUGGAGGGGUCAGGACCCAGGUUUUGAGGAUGGCAGGUGGGGACCAUGACCUGAGCACCAGGAUGUCCACAGAAGACCAGAACAUAGUGGACAGGCUUAUCUGGGACCGUAUAUUUGAUCACUUCAAACAACAUAAGGUGGACAUUUCAUAUGCAAUAAAAAAAACAUUUCCAUUCCUUGAGCGCCUUCAUGACCGUAAAUUAAUCACAGAUAAACUGUUUAAAGAUUCUCAAGACUCUUGUGAAAACCUGGUCCCUGUACAAAGAGUGGUGUACAAUGUUCUCAGUGAGCUGGAGAAGACAUUUAACACAGAAGUCUUCAGUGAAUUGUUCAGCGACUUACACAUGAAAGAAUACCCUGAUUUAAUUCCCAUUUGUGAAAGCUUCAGAAAUGCGGUCCUAGAAGACUCAUAUUUGCAAGAAACUGAUGAAGAAAAGAGAGUGAAGGGACCCAGUGGCCAACUAAGCCUUGAACAAGGAACUGGUGAAAACUCUAUUCCAAGCCUGCCUCAGCCACCCUCAGAUGCCUCCGUUUCCACUGGUACAACCCCACCUGAAAAUGGACUCUCAGAGCAAUUCUGGGAAACAGAGCAGGUAAAAAGGAGAAGAAAAGAUGAAACCAGAGACAAAAAUGAUGCAUUAGGAUGCCAAGAAGCAAAUCAGCAACGCGCCCAAGAGCCUGAGCCAGCAGAUAUAAAGAAAGAAGAGCCAUUUGUUAUGUCAGAAGAGGAGCAGCAAGCCCAAGCAAGAACUAACUAUAACCAGGCAUCUGAAAUAAUAGUCAUCCAUGAUGAGGACUCUGAAGAAUUCAAUGUUGGAGGCGAGGCCCUGGGAACCUUCACCUCAGCCCUGAAAAAUGAGUCUGUGAACAAUACCAAUGAUCUUUUCAAAACAAACAAGGGAAAGGAGGCCCUGAAAGCCACUUGCUCACCACCCCAGAUUGUACCAGGGGGAGGUGGAGCAAGAUCGCAAAGUAAAGAGAUCUCCUUAGCAGCCACUCAUGGUGAGAUUGGGAAAAGAGGAUUCCAGCCACCCCUGGCUGGGGUAUUCUGCCCAGGAACAUCACUCCAGUGGCACAGUAAAACAGCGGGGGACUCCAGGAGCCAACAAGCAGGUCAGGAGCAGCAGAAUACUGGCACAAAAGGGAUAAACACAGCCAACCCUGGAUGUUUGCAAAGAAAAAGGAGAAAAAGAAGAGUUGGAAGAUUUCCCAGAGAUAAAAAUACUAAUUUUCAACUUUCUGAACUUCCUGUGACCUGUGGUAACCUAAAGGGGACUCUACAUAAGGAGAAAUUGAAACAAGGAAGCUCGGUGAAGUGUAUAAAAAGAGAUACUGGAAGAUGGUUCACCCCCCAAAGAUUUGCGAUUAAAGGAGGCUACAGACGAUCUGGGAACUGGAAGCAAAAUAUACGCUGCAGUGGAUACCCCCUGAAAUACCUGAUACAGAAUGGAUAUCUACAGGUACCACCAAGAAAAGGGAAAAUGGUGGCAGAGCCCUGUAAUCCUAGCUCAUCCCUGGUGGCUCAUCCCUGUAAUCCUAGCACUCUGGGAGUCUGAGGAGGGAGGAUCCCUUGAGCUCAGGAGUUUGAGAUCAGCCUGAGCAAGAGUAAGAUCCUGUCUCUACUGAAAACCACCAUCACCCCCACCACCACCAACAACAACAACAACUAGCUGGACCUCAUUGCAGGCACUUUUAGUACCAGCUACUUGGGAGGCUGAGGCAAGAGGAUCGCUUGAGCUCAGGAGUUUGAGGUUGCUGUGAGCUGUGAUGCCACAGCACUCUAUCCAGCAUGACAGAGUGAGACUCAGUCCCCACAAAAAAAAAAAAAGAAAAAGUAAGAAGUAAAAGGGUGAUUAUCACAUGACUUUCUGCUGAUGUCUCGUCUGUCAUACUGUUGAAUUUCCAUCUCUGUAGCUUUAUAGACUUUAAAUUGACCAAUCAUGAUGAAGUUUGUAUAAUAUGGUGCUUUUGCAGUUGCUACUUUUAGACAUUAUAUACAAGGCUGGGAUGUCUUUUUUUACUUUUCAUUUU